AUGGUGGACUGUCGAAGUUUAUGUUUAAAGCUUGUAGGAUUGAUAGUUGGAGUUUUAUUCGAAUAUGACACGCCUAAAUUCGUUCAUAUUAAAAGCAAGAAGGUCGGUGUAAUAAAUCGUUUGGUCCAACUAGGUAUUGUUGGUUACAUAAUUGGGUAUGUUGACUGUGUUACUACUGGUAACUGUUCAGAUAAUGGUAUCUGUCUUAUACGUGGGUGGUGUCCAACUGAAGCUGAAAAUGAUACAAUAACACGUAAUAUUCCUGAGACAACUAAUCGUACUUUUCUUAAACAUUGUACUUUUGAUCCUAAUACUGAAGAUGGUCUCUUCUGUCCAAUCUUCUCUCUAAAACAAAUUGUUGAUAUGACAGGUGAUGACUAUGAUACUUUAGCCACUGAGGGUGCAGUUGUUGGUCUUGUAAUUAAUUGGGAUUGUAAUUUAGAUGUCAGUUCUGAGCAUUGCAAACCAGAAUACUCUGCAAGAAGGCUUGAUAAUCCUGUUGCUCAGAUAUCACCAGGGUAUAACUUUCGUUAUCCAAAAUAUUAUUAUGAGAAUGGAAUACAAAGAAGAGAUGUUUGGAAAGUCUAUGGUAUUAAAUUCGUGGUACAAGUUACUGGACAGGCUACUACAGUGACAGAUGUAUUUGCAUUGUAUAUCUUGCAAAAAGCUCCACUCUAUCGUAAGAAGAAAUAUCAACAAGUCGAAACUCCAAAAAGGAGACAACAAUGGAAGCAGUCAUAA